UGCCGCCGUACACCAUUGUCUACUUCCCAGUUCGAGGACGCUGUGAGGCCAUGCGCCUGCUGCUGGCUGACCAGGGCCAGAGCUGGAAGGAGGAAGUGGUUACCGGAGAUUCCUGGGUGAAAGGCUCGCUCAAGUCCACCUGUUUAUAUGGGCAGCUCCCCAAAUUUGAGGAUGGAGACCUCAUCCUGUACCAAUCUAAUGCCAUCUUGAGGCACCUGGGCCGAUCCUUGGGGCUUUAUGGGAAAGACCAGAAGGAGGCUGCCCUGGUGGAUAUGGCGAAUGAUGGGGUGGAAGACCUUCGCUGCAAAUACGUCACCCUCAUCUACACCAAAUAUGAGGAAGGCAAGGAUGACUACGUGAAGGCCCUGCCUGGACACCUGAAGCCCUUUGAGACCCUGCUGUCCCAGAACCAAGGGGGCAAAGCCUUCAUCGUGGGUGACCAGAUCUCCUUUGCCGAUUACAACUUGCUUGAUCUGCUGCUGAUCCACCAGGUCCUGGCCCCUGGCUGCCUAGACAACUUCCCCCUGCUCUCUGCUUACGUGGCACGACUUAGUGCCCGGCCCAAGAUCAAGGCCUUCCUGUCCUCUCCUGACCAUGUGAAUCGUCCCAUCAAUGGCAACGGCAAACAGUAA